AUGGAAAGAGACAGAGUCCCGGGCGGGACUUGGGUGGUAUACCCAGAAUCGGGUUCAAUUUUGCUUGGUGCUAGCAAUCUACGGCGGGGAUUAUCCCCUUUACAGACAGAAUUGGAAGCACUGGUUUGGGCUAUGCAAAGUAUGUUAGUCCACAACAAACGGAGAAUGAAUUUCCAAACAGACUAUGCUCAGUUGGGAGAGUGGUGCCAGGUUGACGGAGCAUGGAAAGAGACAGAGUCCCGGGCGGGACUUGGGUGGUAUAAUUUUGAUCCAGAAUCGGGUUCAAUUUUGCUUGGUCCUAGCAAUCUACAGCGGGGAUUAUCGCCUUUACAGACAGAAUUGGAAGCACUGGUUUGGGCUAUGCAAAGUAUGUUAGUCCACAACAAACGGCGAAUGAAUUUCCAAACAGACUGUGCUCAGUUGGUAAAGAUGGUGUCUAAACCCGCAAAGUGGCCAGCUUUCGAGAUCUUGCUUGAAGAGGUGGAGAAAUGCAGAAGGAAGUUCCAGGUGUUCUCCCUAACACACAUUCCAAGGAUAAAAAAAUACGAAGGCAGACAAGCUAGCACGGAGUGCUCGAGAUCAGCCUCAUAA